AUGACUGGCGGCGACAUCUCGGACGAUGCGCUACAACUCGCGGCUCUGGGGCAUACCCAGGAAUUGAAACGGACCUUUUCGCCGCUGGCUAUGCUCGGCUUAGCAUUCGCCAUUCUGAACUCAUGGACCGCGCUGGCGACGUCGUUGUCGGUGGCCUUGCCUAGCGGUGGCCCUACCUCUGUCCUUUGGGGACUCAUCACAGCAGGCAUUUGCAAUCUAUGUCUUGCAGCAAGUCUAGCAGAGUUCCUCAGCGCGUAUCCCUCGGCUGGCGGCCAGUACCACUGGGCUGCCAUGUUGAAUCCCAAGAACCGCAUUAUCUCGUGGAUCACUGGAUGGAUCAAUGUCGGCGGAUGGAUGGCUCUGACUGCCACCGGUGGACUGCUCGGAUCGCAACUUAUCCUCGGCAUCAUUUCGUUGAUGCACCCUGUUACCUACAACCCUAAGAGCUGGCAUCAGUUUUUGAUCUACAUCGGAUACAAUGUGUUUGCAUUCUGCUUGAAUGCUUUCGCCAACAGAAUUAUCCCGCAUAUCGACAGAGGUGCUAUUAUUUGGUCGAUCAGUGGAUUCGUCAUUGUGUCCAUCACAAUUCUGGCAUGCGCCUCUCCGGAAUACAACUCCGCCGAACUUGUCUUUGGCCAGUUCAUCAAUGAGACUGGCUGGCCUGACGGUGUUGCGUGGUUGUUGGGCUUGCUUCAGGGAGGCUUCGGACUUACUGGCUACGACGCUGUUGCACACAUGAUUGAGGAGAUUCCCAAUCCGAGAAAGACCGGACCUUUUGUCAUGAUCACCUGCGUGGCCAUUGGCACUUUUACCGGAUUUAUUUUCUUGAUGUGCCUUCUUUUCGUUGCUGGCAACCUUGACGAGAUUAUCAAGUCGCCUGCUGGCCCUCUUCUGGCAAUCUUGUACAAUGCCACAAGCUCGCGUGCUGGAGCGAUUUGCCUGCUCAUGUUCCNNCCCCUGGUGUGCACCGUGUUUGCGACAAUCGCCAUCAUGACCACCAGCAGUCGUAUGGCUUGGGCUUUUGCCAGAGACAGAGGUCUCCCGUUCUCCAAGUUCUUCAGCAAAGUCCACCCAGGACUUGAUGUGCCUGUCAAUGCACUCGCUCUUACCUUGGCUCUAGUCAUCAUCUUCGGCUGCGUCUUCCUCGGCAGUUCCAGCGCCUUCAACGCCAUUACCAGUGCUUCUGUUGUUGCCCUCGGCAUCACCUACGCCAUUCCCAUUGCCCUUAACGUCCUCCAAGGCCGCAAAGGUCUCCCCGCUGAUCGUGCCUUCAUCCUACCCUCAUGGUUUGCAUGGUUUGCCAACUUGCUCGGUCUCGCCUACGUCGCCAUUACCUCUGUGCUCUUCCUUUUCCCUCCCGAGUUGCCUGUCAACUCCAACAACAUGAAUUACUGUGUUGUUGCUUUUGGCAUUUGGUUGUUGAUUUCGCUGUUGACGUAUAUCUUUGAUGGCAGGAAGAAUUACACGGGCCCAAAGGUGGAUAUUGUGGAUGAGCAUGUGCUUACAGCUAGUCCUUCGCCUGAAAUGACGAGGACGACGAAUAAUAAUGAGGUGGAUUAUUCGGACAAGGGCAAGGAGGCUACUUAUUAG